AUGUCGACAAGCUUAUUCAGAUCCAAACAGCUUAAGAGUAAAAGAAGCUUAAAAAGCUUACUUAUUACUGGUCCAAUCGGUCCUCAAAGCAAAGAAUAUCCAACACUAUCAUCCCAAGAUACUUCCAGGACCUAUAUAGAUUAUAACUCAGAUUAUGCAAUUGUUGUUUUGAUAGCAAAAUAUAAAUUUACUUCAGAAAAUCCUCAAGAAUUAAGCAUAGAUGCAAAAGAAUACCUCAAAUUAAUAGACAGAUUGGGAAAUGGUUGGUUAAAGGUGGCUAAACUUGACAAUAAAAAUAUGAUUGGAUUAGUGCCAGCUUCAUAUGUUGAUAUCGCAGUUAACGAUCCUCUCAAGCCUAUAUCCUUAAAGUGGCUAAAUGAAUACAAGCAAGGAAGAAUAACGGAUUUAGAUGUCAAUGAGGAUACUCGUGACUCUAGUGACAACUACAGUCAAAAUUCUUUCGAAGGUAGUUCAAGUACAUAUUCAAAUAACGAUCCUUUUGAUUUUGAACAAGCAAACCCAAAAUCUGUUUCUGUUGAAAAUGUAUUAAAAGACUCUACGGGUAAAUUUUGGUACAAAUUAAAAUUCACCAUGUCGAAUCAAGAUGUUAUUCAUGUUAAGAAGAUCUACCAACAUUUCUAUCACCUUCAUGCUGAGCUUCUCCGGAACUAUCCUGAUUGCUACUUGCCCAAAUUACCUCAACCAAGUAGAAAUUCUACCACAUCGACCAAAUUAUCUAGACACGAUGUUCAGCAUCUCAAUAACUUAAAGACCGAACUAGAUAUUUAUAUCAGUAAGUUAAUAGAUGUUCCAACAAUUAGAUUUUCCAAUGAAAUGUAUGGGUUUAUACAUGAGGGAUUCCGUAUGAAAGACGAAGAGAAAGAUCACAAUCAACUAAUGAGUGAAAUUAUUGAUCGAUUAUCACCAACUUCAAAUGGCAUCCAUGCUUUCUCUACUACAGCUCCAUUACCACUUCCAGAAUCACAUAGGAAAAGUACUGUUGGAAAGAUUCAAACAAGAGAUGAAAAUGCAAAUUACAAAUAUUCUACUUAUAUUCAACAAAACAAAACUGUGGCUAAUUCAACCAGUUCUAAUACUUUAGCUAGUUAUUCUUCAUUAAUAGAAAGAUACGAUGAUGAUUUAUUUCAAAGAAUUAUAUGCAAAGAUGAAGGAGAAACAAGCUUUACUGAAUCGGAAGAUUCUUCUAAAGAUGUUUCAAUUGAUACCCAUAAUACUUCUCUUGAGGAUAAUUCUUUGUACAACCGGUCUAGUGGAUCGACUCAAAACAGCAGUAACUCGGAUGAUGAAGGUUACAAGUCCGCUAAGACGGAGUUUAUUGAUACAUUAAAAGAUUUGAGUCCAAGGGGAUCAUCCAAAUUUGCAAGUGGCCAUUCAUCAUCGAACUCUGAGAGUGAUGUUGAUUCCGUUUUUUCCCAAAAGAACAGCGUCCCAUCUACACCAAACGUUGCAACUAGUGGAUUUUUUGCAACGGAUGAUUGCAUAAUAAAUAUGUGUUCUCCUACGACUCCGGUAACUCCGAUAAUGGAACAUUCUGAGUUAGGAGAUCUUCCAACAUCGCUGUUAUCCAAAUUCUCUUACAGAACUAAUAGAAGAAGUCGGCCUGCUUCAGAAAGGCUCAAAAAUAGGAUAUCAUCAUUAGAAUCAAUAAUAAGUGAUCCUUCGCAACAAGGUCAAUCCGAAACUACUACCAACUUGGGCAAUUCUAAAUGUAAUGCUGGCGAUUAUAUUAAGAUUAAAAUUUUUUUAAAUAAUAGAGAAGACGAUAUUGUGGCGUUGAAAAUUAAGAGAAAUAAUCUAAUAUCAGUUGUAUAUUUGAAAAAAUUAUUAUCAUAUAAAAUUUAUAAUGACUACAACUUGAUAAAUCAUUAUAAACUUCAAGCUCAUGAUAUUGCAGAUGAGAUGGGUGAUGAAGAAUUGUUACAAUAUAUUAAGACAUACAGCAAAAUAAGUUUGAACUUAGUCAGAGUCAGAGGUUCUAUAUAA